UGUUUUAACCUUAUAUUUUUUAGAUUGAAGAAAAAUACAGAUUGGACAUAACCAGUUAACCAGUAUUUAAAAAAAAUGUUAUCAUACUUUUUAUUGCAAAUAGUAUUUUUGUAUCUAAUUAACAUAUUUGUUGUCAAUGGAAUAGUUUUCAAAACGUUGGAUACAGAACUUCAAAAUGUAGUGCCAAGUGAUAAAUUUAUUUUGAUUGGCGGAACAAAUAAACUGUAUAAACUUGAUUAUGACUUCACAGUUUUGAAGGAUGUAAAGACAGGGCCAGAAAUGGAUAACCCACUUUGCAUCUUUAAGAAGGAUGGUACAUUUUUUUGUCAACGUGGAAAUAAAGAAACAUUUCCAACUGACAAUCACAACAAGGUCUUACUGUUUUUAGACAAAGCAACCUUGCUAAUUUGUGGUACACUAAAAUAUGGCAAAUGUCAUCUUCGCAAUGUUGAAACUUUUCAGCACAUUAAAAAUCAAGUUGUUGAUGACUUGAAAAGUGGAAUAGCUUCGAAUAAUGCAAGUGCGUCUACAGUUGUAGAAUUGUUAAUAAAAGAUGGAAAAAAGACUUUGUUAGUGGCACGUACAAUUACUUCCAGUAACAGUAUUAGUUCAAGGGCUUUAAUAAGCACUAGAAACGCAGAUUUGGCUGGAGAAUUACUUGAAGUUGCAGAUAAAAAAAAUCAAAUUCAGCUUGCAACUUUCCUCCAUGACAUUCCAUACCCAUAUUAUUUGAUUGAUUAUAAAUCUAUUUUUCAUACUUCGACGUUUAUUUACACUACUGCUGUUCAAGAUAGAUCGAUCAAUGAAACUUAUUUUAUUUCAAAACUGUCAAGGAUGAAACAUGAUUAUACAUAUUACAUCGAACAACAAAUAAUGUGCAAAAAAAACAAUAUACAAUAUGAUCUUAUUAUUUCCACAUCAGUUGUAAAGCUGAACGCACGCAAUGCAGAUGUUAUUAAAGAUGGAAAGUCAAAUGAUCAUGUUAUGUUUGUUUUGUUUGCACGUUCAAAGAGGCACACAAAAUAUUACAGUGACGAUUAUGCUGUUUGUUAUUUUUCUUUGAAGUCUAUCGAUAUCAAAUUGGAUGAAAAUGUAAACAAUUGCAUUAAUAAGAAACCACUUCCUGUUGCUAUAUGGUUGUCAAGUGAUCAAUGUAGUGUUGAUGCGAAAAGAGCUCGUAUGGCUCCCAGUGAAAUCAUCUUUGGUAAUGUGCUACAUACCACGGCUGGCAUUAAGAUUGGCACUAUGUUGGGUCAUGCUCAUGAUAGAGGGAUUACUUUAUACAUUUCAGUUUUAAAUGAAAUAAGAGAGUACUCAGUCACAAAAACAGGUUUGUAUGAGUACGGAAAACAUUUAGCUGGAAGACAAAAUACUUUGUUUACAAAGAUUGUGCUUAAUUCAAAAAAAGAGAACCUCUUCUUGUUGGCUGACAAUCUAGUUGGAAAAGUUGCAAUCAAUAAGUGUGAGAAUCGUAAAACUUGUGUCGACUGUUUAAGUGGUUUAGUCUGUGGUUGGUGUGUUCUGGAGAAUAAAUGUUCUCUAAAGUCAGAAUGUAAAAAUUCAAAUAAUCCAAAUCACUUUACCAACCAAAGUGUGGAAACCUGCCCAAAACUCGAGUCCAUACAACCCAAAGUAAUCUCAGUGCAGAAAUCAAAUAAAAUAUCCUUCACAAUGGCUAACAUCCCACAAAAUACAGAUUAUCAAUGUUCUGUGGGCGGGAAGGUUUUACCAGUUACUGUAGAUGGAAUUAAUUAUGUUUGUGAUCUGGUGGAAUUCAAGUCUUUAAAUUUGAAAUUUAGAAAUGAUGGUGGUGCUUCUGUUGAUGUUUCAUUAAUAACUAAAGUGGAUAAAAAGAACGUGGCUUUGUCAACAAUUACCGUGUUUGACUGCAAUAAGAUAAACAAUUGUCAAAAGUGCAUAUCAGGAAGAUUUACAUGUGGCUGGUGCUCGAAAUGCACCGAAAUGAGUUCUAAUUGUGACAAUCAACCUGAAUGGAUUGCUUACCAAUCUUUUAAUUCAUCAUCAUAUAAAGUUAAGUGUCCUGUCAUUGAUAGUGCAAAUGUAAAAGAGUUAGCAAGUGGAACGAAACGUUCAAUUGUUCUCAGUGGAAAUAGACUGCCUCAAUCAUCUACAACAAAUGUGUAUAAAUGUUUAUUUAAAUAUGCUGGUGAGGAAACUAUGACAGCUGCUUCCUGGAAAAGUAGUUCCUCUAUAACUUGUGAAACAGUUGAGAUUUCGUACGCUGUUGAGGCAAAAUCUGUAAACGUCAGCAUUGUUGUGAUGUAUGGAAAUGUUAUUAUUGACAGCACUGCAAUUAGAUUUUUAUCUUAUAAAUGCAAUGUUGAGCGACGUUCAUGUAGUGUUUGUUUAAACGCUCCACCAGAAUGGAAAUGCGGAUGGUGUAAGAGUUCAAAAAUAUGUACAGUUAACACCGCUUGUUCUGCAAGAAAUGCAUGGUUGACAGAAAGAUGUCCACAACCUACUAUUUGGAGCUUUGAACCAAAAUCUGGUAGUAUAGGUGGCGGCACAUAUGUGACCAUACGUGGCAGUGACUUUGGAUUGGUUCCAGAAGAUAUUAUAUCAAUGACUGUAGCUGGUUAUAAGUGUACGUUGUUACAAGGAAUGUACUCUACACAGAGAUUGGUUUGUAAGACGAAAUUAACAGGUGAACCAAAAAGUGGAAAAAUUAACAUACUUGUCAAUGGAACUGGCAAUCAAAUUCUAAAUGCAACUUCUGCAUUAAAUUUCGAUUUUUUGGAACCAUCAGUGACAAAUUUGGCACCAAAUGUUGGACCCUGUUCUGGUGGUACCAAUGUAACACUCUAUGGCAAGCAUUUGAAUGUUGGCAACGCUAUUCAAGUAUAUAUCGAUGAUAGCCUAUGUCCUCUACUAUUUAAGAAUCUGCCAAGGUAUCCAAAUAAUGUCACAUGUACAACAGCAGCUAUUCUUUGCAAUCAAAAAAGAAGGACAAGAAGAAAUGUCCGUUCUGUGAAAAUUUCAUUUGAUGGUUACCACUUUAGCGCGCUUCAAAAUGUCUCCUUUACCUACAAAGUUGAUCCAACUCUUACGGAUGUUUUCACAAAUAAAAUGUUGAUUCGUAUAAACACCUUUGCAAGUGGUGGACAAGUAAUAAGGGUUGAAGGCCAGAGAUUAAACAUUAUACAGAAGCCAAUGAUGACAUUUAGAAUACCUGCAUUGAAUAUGCUGAAAAAAUCACCAUGCAAAUAUUCACCCCAAAAUCAAGAGAUGGUUUGCUUAACACCAAAUGUAUCAAGCGCAUUGAUGGGUCGGGAGAAAAUACCGGUUGUUCUGGGCUUUGAAAUGGACAAUGUUGUCAAUGUUCGUGAAUUCAAAAAUAUAACAGUCUUACGAGAUCCUGUUUUCAGUCCGUUUUCUGGAGAUAACAACAUUCUUGUUGUGAAAACAAAUGAUCUCAUUCUAACGGGCAGUGGCAUAUCUGUUCUGAGCAAAGGCGAUGUCAAAGUUCAUAUUGGGGAUUUGUUUUGUGCUGUAACUGAUGUGGAUGAGAGACUUGUUUGUACUAUACCAAAAGAAAACGAAAUGAAGCCUACCACAUCUGAUGGAUUGUACCCUGUGAAGGUUAGCAUUGGUGAAGGUGGUCUAUCCUAUGAUCUUGGUUUCAUUCAAUUUUACAAGUCAACAGAUGAUGAAGUGUCAUGGGUGCUUUAUUUAGCCCCACCUGUAGCGGGUGUGGUCAUCUUGAUCAUUAUCAUUGUUGUGUUGGUUAUCAUAUACCAAAGAAAACAUAAAAAAGAUAAAGAAUCACAUGAACUCGCUUUGAUACAAAUCGACCAACGUGAAUGUCAAGUUGCAAGAGAAUGCAAGGAAGCGUUUGCUGACUAUCAAACUGGAAUGAUUGAUUUGACUCAAGAGGUUGACAGAUCUGUUGCACCGUACCAUCAGUUCCGAGACUACGCCAUGCAUGUAUUAUGUCCUGGCUUAAAAACUCAUCCUAUCAUUGAGAAAAACAGAGAUGAGCGCGAUGAGUGGGAGGAUGCGAUGAAGUCAAUGGUAAAAUUGAUGAAAAACAAAGACUUUCUUUUGACGUUCAUUCGUACGUUAGAAGCACAAUCAAGUUUUCAAAUGACUGACAGAUGUGUUGUUGCUUCACUAUUAAUGGCUGCAUUACAAGAUGAUGUCAGAUAUAUAACAGACAUUCUAAAAGAAUUACUUGGAGAUUUGAUUAACAAAACAGGGACAGGGAAGCGACCGAAACUUUUGUUAAGAAGGACUGAAUCAGUAGCAGAGAAACUUUUAACAAAUUGGUUGGCAUAUACACUACAUCCCUUCUUAGAGAGUCAUGUUGGUGAACCUCUAUUUAAACUUUUUGCUGCGAUUGAUAUUUUCUUGGAUAAAGAGCCAGUGGACUCCAUCACGUUCGAUGCAAGGAAUUCAUUAAGUGAAGAUAAAUUGUUGCGACAAAAAAUAGACUACAAAAACUUGUCCAUAACUGUCGAAUAUAUACAUGACGAUAAAAAUGAAACUUUCGAGGGAAUACCUGUCCUCUCCUCUGAUACAAUAUCACAAACAAGAGCGAAGGUGCUUCAACAUAUAUAUAAGAAUAAACCUUUUUCAACAUGGCCAAGUCCUGAUGAUUUAAUGUUAGGAUUUGUAUCAGCAAAUGGAGCGAUUUUAGUGUUACAAGACGAAGAUUCAACUAAUAGUAUUAAGGGAGAAUGGAAACAUGUAAACACAUUAGAACAUUACAAGGUUCAAGAUGGCUCUUCGUUACGUUUAGCUGGUCCUCAAAUUAUGGUUCAAAACUUUUCCUCAGGAGCAUUAGGCAGUAAUCCACACAUCAGCAGUCCUCCUCGGAUGAUGAAAUCAUCGUCGUGGAAGAGGAUUAGUAGUCGCUCGUCGAAAUCAAUGCAAGAGCUCGAUAAAAGCGAUACAGCAAUUGUUCAAGAACCUUCAGUACCUAGUAUAGCUUUUCAACCUGACCAUGCCAGUACGCCCAUGUUGGCCAAUCACCAAGGCAACGAACCAAAACUGUGGCACAUGGUGAAAGUUACGGACUAUCCGGUUGAACAGAAGGAGGAUGUUCGACACAGCAAAAUGAUGGCUGAAGUAUACCUAACAAGACUUCUCAAAACAAAGGAAACACUGCAGAGUUUUGUUGAUACACUGUUCGAUUCUAUUUUUGGUCUUCACGAAGGAGGUCGUGUCAUCCCACCAUGUGUGAAAUAUUUAUUUGAUUUUUUGGAUGCUGAAGCUAUCGAUUUAAACAUUCUUGACUGGGAAGUUCAUCACACUUGGAAAAAUAACAGUUUACCUCUUCGUUUUUGGAUCAACAUGAUCAAAAAUCCAGAUUUUAUAUUCGACAUCAAAAAAUCAAACACUGUCGAUUCGUGUUUAUCUGUUAUCGCUCAGCUAUUUAUGGAUUCCUGCUCUCCUGAUGAUCACCGUCUUGGAAAGGAUUCGCCAUCAAACAAAUUACUGUACGCCAAGGAAAUUCCAGAUUACAAAAAGAAAGUAAAAAGGUUUUAUAUGGAUGUGAAGGAAACAACUUUUGACGAACAAGCAUUUGAGGACUCGUUGGAUGAAAUGUCUAAAAAAUUUGGUGCUACCUUUAAUAGCUGCAAUGCAGCGAGUGAAUUAAUGUCGUAUGCUGUGAAAUACAAAGUAAAGGUGAUGGAUAAUUUAGAAGAUAAUGACUUCCCAGAGCACGCAGAGAAAUUACAAGAAAUCAUGGAAAAUAUUCCAGACGAUUAAAUUCUUCAGUAGCGGUACAAUUAAUGUUUAAUUGCUAGCUAAGCAAUUGUUCUGCGCAUGACUGAAACUACACGGUUGAUAUAUCCAUUGUUGCUUGUGAUGUUCUUCAAUGUGAUACCCUCUGCGGAAGAGAACGACAUAAAAUGCGUUCUUCAAAGCAACAACACUCCACCUUUUAUGGUGUAUUUUUUUUAUUUUCAUACUUAAUUUUCUAACAUUGUGUGUUUAUUACUAAUUUGAAUUUAAUUAAAUUUGUAUAUUGAUAUAAAAAUUAUUACUUGUGUGUUGGCGCGAUUUUGUAUUCAGUAGUACAACUUGAAGUAUUCUAUCUCGUAACUUCGUGACAUAUCAGCUGUUUUUUGAAAAUUGUGGCCUUUUUUUGUUUUGAUUUUAUUUCACGUUGUCGCUUUCGUUUAAUUUUUUGUAAUGGACCGUCGUUACAGAUAGUCCCCGUUGUUAUUCCGUAAAGUCUGUGAUUGUUAACGGAGGAGAGAAGUAUAUAAUAUUCUAUUUCUCUUAUUUAUUGUUUUGUCUUUUGCUUGUUUCAGAAAACUGUAAUUCCAGUAGCUAGUCGAAGGUCUGUUGAACGAACUUAUCUAAAUUACACUCUCCUUCGUCACGUCCGAACUAGUCUAAACACUCUCCUUCGACUUGUCAUUAACACAGACGAAAUUUUAAUUUGUAAUUAUUUUUGAAGUUUUUUGCGAUGUGUGAAGGUAAUAUAGAUUUUAAUGUUGUUUAAA